AUGGAGGUGCACCCGGGCCGCGGCAUCGUGAUCUGUGCCGGAGGGCCCUACCUCGAGCUGGCGCUGGUGGCCGUGAGGCUGCUCCGGGCCCAGGGCUGCCGUUUGGCGGUGGAGCUUUGGCAUUUGCCCGGGGAGGACACCUCCGCGGCCGAGGGAUUGCCGGACGGCGCCCAGCUGCGGGAGCUGCCGCUGGCACUGCCGCGCAGGCGCCCGGAGGUCUGGGCGGUGAAGCCGUUGGCCCUGCUGGCCAGCGGCUUCCAAGAAGUCCUGCUGCUGGACGCCGACAACGUGCCAGUGUGUGACCCAGAGCAUCUCUUCGAGGAGCCAGACUUCCGGCGCACCGGGGCGCUCUUCUGGCCGGACUUCUCGCCCUUCGAGGAGAAGGAGCCACAUCAAUGGCACGCCUUGAGCGGCGGUCGUUGGCAGCGGCGCCCGAAGCAGUUGAGGUGGGAGCAAGAGAGCGGCCAGCUGCUGGUGGACAAGAGCCGAUGUCUCCGCGGACUUUGGCGGGCAGCGUCCAUGGCCCUGCGUCUGGGGGUUUUGUCGCCCUACCUGCCGGGCGACGGCGGAGACAAGGACCUCUUCCAGAUCGCCUGGACGCUAGAGGAGCUGAGCUUCGCUAUGUGUCCCUUGCCGGCGGCGGCCGGGGUCUUGGACCCCAGCGCCGGAGUGCCGGGCGGCUUUGUGGGUCACACCAUGGUGCAGCGCUCCUGUGACGGCCGCCCCGCCUUCCUGCACCGCACCAUCGACAAGCACGAGGAUCUGACGGAUCCUCGCUGGGAUCUGGUGGCUGCGCCGCGCACGGAGGAGCAGUGUCUCGUGCUGCGGCGGAUCUAUCCCGACGCGAAGGUGAAGGUGCGCAUCGUGCCGCGGCGCGCGGAGGAUGUGGAGGACUUGGGAGGGAGGGGUUGA